ACCCCCUCUCCAUUCCAUCUCUGGCGUGUGUUUGAAUACCACCACAAUGCGCUCUCAGAUCGACUCCCUCCACCCAGCACAGCAAACGAGCCCGGCCUGGCGGCAUCCUCGAUCUGAUGCUCCCGGCCGCCGCCGCUAGACUUCGCUUCCUCUGCGCUGCGCGGCCGCCUCUGGGUCGGGGACACGUCGGUGAGCCCGAGAGCGCCCGCCUUUUCUCUCCCCCAUCUCGAUUCGUUCCGCGAGGCUGUAUCGGUGGUCGUAUUCCGUGGGAUACUGAGGAGCGGAGCGGAGAGGUUCGGUAUUGAGGGGUUGAGAGUUUUAGCCAGGGAUGAUGGGGACGGAGAAGGGUGGCGCAAAGGUUAUUGGCGGCGGCGGCGGCGGCGGCGGGAUCUUCAACCUGUUCGACUGGAAGCGCAAGUCCCGCAAGAAGCUCUUCUCCAACUCGCCCGAGGGCGCCAAGCUAAUAAAGAGGAACGAAGAAACCUUGGCGUCUGGGUGUCUCCACAUGUUUGAUGAUGAUGAUGGGAUGGGCGUGUCAAGCUUCAAGGGGAGCAGUGACUACAGCUGCGCAUCCUCUGUGACAGAUGAAGGGCGUGAGAUGAAGGCGCCAAGUGUGGUGGCCAGGCUCAUGGGCUUGGACGCCAUGCCCACCUCAGGUGUUCCAGAGCCCUACUGCACGCCAUUCCGCGACACGAGGUCGUUCAGGGACUGCCACAACCUCGAGAGGAGCCCAGACCACUCAAUGAAUGACCAGUUUGGUCAUGUGCCUAGAAGAGUUGAUUGUUAUAUGAGGAAGCCGUUGGAUUUUAGAGCACAAAAGAUGCCAAGCAGUCCGAUUGAAAGGUUCCAGAUAGAAGCAUUGCCAUCGAGGUCAGCAAAGCCCUUACCUAUGUCUCAUCACAGAUUGUUGUCUCCCAUCAAGAAUCCAGGUUUCAGUUCAGCGAGGAAUGCUGCUCAGAUCAUGGAGGAAGCAGCUAAGAUUCUUCAGCCAAGGCCACAAGUCAAUUCUAGGGAGAAAAUCUGCUCAUUCAGCCCGGCACGUAUUCCCUUGAGGGUUUCAGAGCCAAGGGAGAGCACACCAGCUUCCCAGAGGACUGUGCCUCUGAAGGUGCAAUCAUCCAGGGCCACACCUGAGGCGCCGGAUGUAAGGUUCUCCAGAGGGCAGCAGAUGAACCGGAGCUGGAACAGCAAGGAAGAUAUUGUCAUAUUCAGGCCUUCGAUUGAUUCUUAUGAGAUUAGCAAUCCUAGUUGUUCCAAGAACAAGGAAAAGUCUAUUUCUUUGGCAGUGCAGGCAAAGAACAAUGUGCAGAAGAGGGAAGGAGUAAGUGGUUCUAGGAAGAAUUCAGGUCUACCGAGAGAACAUGAUGAGCAUAGAGCAAACCAACCUUUUAGGACGCAAUCUAAUCACCAAAGAAACAAACAUCAAAACAAGCCAUCGUCAUCUGGCACUACUUCCCCUGUUCUUCGGCAAAAUAAUCAGAAACAGAAUUCUAUGGUGAGCAGAGGCAAGGUGGCACCAAACAAAUCAGGCUCAACACAGCAAGGCAGGAAGGUGGUGGCAGGAGAAUCAUCUUCUGGGAAGAUCAAGAGUGGAAGUAAGGUAUCUAAAGCUGGUGGCAGAAAAGACAUUGUGGAAAGCAUAAGUGGUGAUAGAGAAGGAUCGUCAUCAAACAACAAAGACUUCCCACAAAAGAAGCGUUUAAUAGAGAGGAACUCCACCAAUGAGAAGGGCACAUUUGUGCCUAAAAAAACAGUGGGUAAACUUCAGAAGCAGGUUCAACCUAAUGUUGUUAUGGAUGAGCACAUUAAGUGGAACAAGGAAAGUAAAGAUACUACAGAUGUUGUGUCAUUUACCUUCACAUCACCCUUGGUCAAACCAUCGGCAGGACCCUCCAGGUUAUUCAAUCUUGAUCCAGGAUGUGAUAAAGAUUGUUCAGAUAACAUGGUUGAAGGGCUAUCAUCAGUGGGGCUGAACUUUGUAAAUGGUGAUGCGUUGAGCCUUCUCCUAGAAAAGAAGCUGAGGGAGCUAACAUCAAAAAUUGAUCCAUCCAUCACCUUUACACGGGGUGACACAUUUGUGCCUGCUACUUUCUCCUUGGGGGAACCGACAACCUCUUCCUGCAGCAACUGGGGCUCGGAAAGUGGUGUAUUUGAUUGUAGCCCUUCCGAAGUCAAACCUUCUCAAUAUGAUUAUUGCCCAUCAGCCGAGUCAUCUACAAAAGGCCAAAUUUUCCGAGGCAUUAAAUUGAAGAUGGAAGAACCAGAAGAAUGCAACAGCAUUAGCAAUGCAAGGAAGGGACAGGAGCAUGAAGAUUUAAGUACCCUCUCUGUUCUUGAACCAACCUUCCUAAGCGAGAGUUGUUGGUCUUCUGAGUGUUCAGGCAUGAGCGAUGGGAGCAAGGGGUAUUUAUCUUCUGAAGUGAAGCAUAUCCCAGCGAAUUUCUUGGCAAAUCCACCCUCAAUUGACACUGAGACGAAGACAACAACAGAUUCAGCCUCUUCCGCAUCGCUAGAUACUUCAGAUAUCUCAGAUGUCACCCAAUGUUCAAAGAAAUCAAGAUACACAGAGCUCGAGUAUAUUGGAGAUGUGCUAAGCAAUGUCAACCUGACAACAGAUGAACUGGAGUCACUUUUUGUCAAUCAAGAUGGAUCGGCUUUGGAGUCCAGCCUCUUCGAGAAACUGGAGAGCAUGCAUGAAGGGAAACAACCUCUGGGCUACCGAGGGUACAGGCGGUUAUUGUUCGACUGUGUAAAUGAGUGCAUGGAGACUAUACACCUGAGCUACUUCCGGGCAGGAUACGCCGCAUGGAACAAAGGAAUGGCAGUGCUGAGCCGUGGCAUAGAGAGCCAGGUCUGCAGAGAGAUCACCAGCUGGAAGGGCAUGGGGGAGUGGGCGGAGGAUGAGCUUGUCGACAAGGACAUGAGCACCGGGCUGGGCACAUGGGUGGAUUUCCAGGUGGAGACGUUCGAGGCCGGUGAGGACGUGGAGGGCGAGAUCCUAAGCUCGCUGCUCGAUGAGUUGAUCGGCGACAUGGUCUUCAGGCGAAGACAAGAGUGUAAUUUGGUAAUUUGAGUUGGAUGCUGUUUGUUUUCCGAGCUGUAAUUUUGUUUCAUUCAGUUGUUACAUAUCCCUAUUUGUUGUACCAACCCAGACUGCUGUUGAAAUCAGUGAUAAAUGUUAUUUCCCCCAGUGGGGUAGAUAGUUCAUCAAUCGGUUCCAGUUGAAA